AUGCGAGUGUACGCCGCCUUCGUCGUGGCGCUGGUCUCCCUUCUAGCUACCAACAGUGCUGUUCUAGCAGUAACGACCCCGACCAAGUUAGCGAAGUUGACGGCUCCUGAAUUCACAGACAACGAGAAUCGUCAGCGUCGCUUGCUAAGAAAACAAGAAGGUGCCGAGCUGGGUGACGAAGAACGAACGAGCACCCAAAACCUUGGGAACUCUUUGAUGAGGGUGUUCUCGAAAGAGGCCACAAGGAAAUACUAUUUGGAUUUGUUCAAGCGAGCCGACUUUACAGCGAAUCUCCCAAAACUUGCGAAAAAAGGUGGGCCUGACAGGCUGAACGAUGCCUUAAAAAAACUACGAAAGGCUGGCAUCUCUGAGGAGAAGUUUGCGGAGCUCAAAGGUGCGGCGGCGAAGUACGCAGAUGACUGGUAUAGAAUAUAUGGCAAGCUUGAUCCUAUUAGAGCUUGA